CAGGGAAAAAGUUCAUCAGGAGCAUGCCUCCCAGAGGAAAAAUCCCUUGUUGCCUGUGAAGGAACAGUGGCUCGACUCCACUGUGAAGAAGGUCAGGCUAUCUAUGUGACCAGUGCUACAUACGGACGCACUGAUAAGAAGACGUGCAGCGCUCGUAGACUGGCCGACCAGCUAGAGAACACUGAAUGCUUCACAUACGCAGAGGAAGUUGGUGAGAGAUGCAACGGGAAACAGUGGUGUAAAGUCAAAGCCAGUAACUAUGUGUUCGGAGAUCCCUGCUAUGGAACCUACAAGUACCUGGAGGUGGAAUAUAUUUGUUACGACCUGGCCGACCAGCUAGAGAACACUGAAUGCUUCACAUACGCAGAGGAAGUUGGUGAGAGAUGCAACGGGAAACAGUGGUGUAAAGUCAAAGCCAGUAACUAUGUGUUCGGAGAUCCCUGCUAUGAAACCUACAAGUACCUGGAGGUGGAAUAUAUUUGUUACGAGGUUCCCCAGUCGUGCCCAGAAUAGAAGCAGAAGUCGCCUUCUUCAUCAGGAUGCUGAUGAAGACUCUGGUGCUGCUGCCCCAACAGAUGAUGGCUGAAGACAACAAACUGAGAGAAGAUCUGCAGCAUCUUGUUGAAAACCUGGAAGGAUCUUAGCGUCCUCAAGAAGCUGACAGAAAAUAAUCUGAAUUACAAUUAAACAUAACAAAUAAAGUAAUAUCACAGAUUAUAGCUUUGAAAAUCUUUUUAUUUUUCUUCCUGUUGUAUCAAACUUAAAGACAGUUUUUCUCUCCAACUGCUUCUCUUUGUAAACUUCUUCAGCCAAAAUAAAACAAAAAGCUGAAAGAGGAA